GGGCGCUCUACACGCCCGGACUCUCUGGCCGACAAGUACGAGGUCACGAUGGAGCCGGAAGAUGACCCUCAGCAACUCUCCUCGCUUCGCAGAUGGCUUUCGGUUUUCACUAUUUCACUUGCGUCCACCUGCGUGACCUGUGCAUCAUCUGCUGCUUCUUUCACGGAGAAAGGAGUAGCAAGUGAAUUUCAUGUCAGCCAAGAGGUCACAAUUCUUUCCAUAAGCCUCUUCGUGCUGGGCCUUGGUUUAGGGCCGCUUGUAGUCGGGCCGCUGUCGGAAGUAUAUGGGAGGAACAUUAUAUAUAGGAUCUCAUUCUUGGGUUUCUUUGCAUUCACCUGGCCUAUAGCGUUUGCACCUAACAUCGCCGUAUAUCUUAUCUUCCGAUUCGUCACUGGUCUCUUUGGAGCCGCAUUUCUCAGCGUUGCUGGUGGGAGCAUUAGCGACCUGUUUCCCAGCAACAAGGUAGCAACUCCUAUGAGCUUGUACACACUCACUCCUUUCAUGGGCCCAGAGAUAGGACCUCUAUUCAGCGGCUUCAUCAAUCAGAACACGGACUGGAGAUGGACAUAUUAUGUCUUCCUAAUCUGGUCUUUUCUCCAGACAGUGGCUUUGUUCACUAUCAUACCGGAAACGUUUGGUCCUGUUAUUCUCAAGCACAAAGCUCAGAGACUGCGCAAAACAACGGGCGAUUUGAAUUACUAUGCACCUAUAGAGAGGACCAACAAAAGCCUUCUACACGCUUUGACAGUAAGCUGUUAUACACCAUUUCAAUUGAUUAUUUACGACCGAAUGGCACUGCUCCUCAAUCUAUGGACGGCACUCAUUCUCGGAAUCAUUUACCUUACUUUCCAAGCCUUCCCAAUUGUCUUUGAAACUGGGCAUGGUUUCAACACACAAACUACCGGUCUCACAUUUCUGGGUCUCGCACUUGGAUUAUUCCUUGGUCUAUCUACACAACCUUACUGGAAUGGGCGAUCUCGCAAGUAUCGCGAAGCUCAUGGUAACUAUCCACCCGAAGAAAUACUCCGCAUUGGACAAAUUGGCGGUAUUCUCGUGCCUAUAGGUCUCUUUUGGCUGGCUUUCACAACCUAUCCCCACGUUCACUGGAUCGUCCCCAUCAUCGCCUCCGUCCCCUUCGGCAUGGGUACCUACUUUAUCUUCACCAGUGUCUUCACCUACCUCGUCGUGGCCUACCGUCCCAUCGCUGCAUCUGCCAUGGCUUCCAACAGCUUCAUGCGAUCGUGUUUUGCUGCGGGCUUUCCGCUGUUCGCGACCGCGAUGUAUCACCGUUUGGGCACUGUAGGGGCGACUGCGCUACUGGCGGGGUUAACGACCGUAAUGGCUCCUUUACCGUUCAUCUUUUACCGGAUAGGUGGACGAUUGAGGCAUAAUUCGCGGUUCGGUACCAAGAAUAUAUGA